AUUUAUUCCUUCCUGUGUUUGCCUAUAUACUGUACUGUACCUGAAAAACUAAUUUUAUUGGUCUUGUGUCCUGGACAGAUUUUCUCCAUCUUUGCAUUUGCUACCUGUGGAGGUUACAGUGGAAAAACAGCCCUUUCCUUCGCUUGUCCUAAUGGCACAGAUUUAACUCUGGAGACUAAUUUUGCCUACCCUUUCAGGUUGAAUAAGGUGACCCUCGGCCCUGUGGACACAAAGAGAUGCAACUCCACCUGGGAAAAGCCAGUCUUCCUGGUGGGCGACUUCUCCUCCUCUGCCCAGUUCUUCGUCACCUUUGCUGUCUUGGUGUUUCUGUACUGCAUGGCUGCCUUGGUGCUAUACUUGGGGUAUCUGCAGUUAUAUCGGGGUGCUGGGAAACUCCCCAUGAUUGACUUUGUUAUCACAGUGGUCAUAGCUUUCUUGUGGCUGGUGAGCACCUCAGCUUGGGCAAAGGCCCUCACAGACAUCAAAACAUCCACCGGCCCCAGCAUGAUUGAAGGAAUGGAGCCUUGUGGAAAAGAUCAAAAGUUAUGUCGCUUUGAUGAACAGCGAAGUUUGGGAUCCUUGAAUGUCUCUGUGGUUAUUGGUUUCCUCAACCUGAUUCUGUGGGCAGGCAAUGCUUGGUUUGUCUACAAGGAAACCAGCCUCCAUCAACCUCCGUCAGCAGCUCCACCAAACCCAGCCGAUCCUGGUGUUCCUUCAGGGAUGUAGAGAGUGUGAAAAACCACUGAAUAUGAAGCUCGGUCUCUUACCGCAGGAUGCGCACCACAGCCAUUUCCCCCCACCCCUGCCCCAAUUAUGCAGUUGAUUUGUGAAAAAUGGAUGGGGUUUCCUUUUCUUUCUUCUUCUUUUUUUUGCAGCAAAUCCUUUUACAAUAUGUCAGAGGACGGAGCUGAGAUCUCCACCUUGACCCUGUGUGCACCCAAGAGAUGCAUUCUAUUGCGCUUGUUCUGCACACGGAAAAGAAUCAUGUCUUGGUUAAAGCUCAGCAGAGCCAGCUGCUUGCAGCCUUCAAGAACUAGCUUUCCAGCUGACAUAGGCAGAGCUUAGAAAAGUUUCGUUUUGUUGAACUGUGUUUCUCAGAAUCGAUUGUUGGAGCAUUCUGGGAGUUGCAGUUCAAAAAAUGUAAUUUUUCCCCAAGCUGGCCAGGUCAGUGCACAUUCAGAGCUGAGUUGUACUGGUCUGCACAAGAUGUUACCUAAUCAGAUGGUCCUGUUUACUCCAGUGGAAAUCUCACUUGAGUUUCAGUGAGGUUUAAGUAAAUGUGCUAAGAAUUGCAACUUUGGUGUGGUUUGGAAUAAGGCCUUAUCUGCCUUGCCGUCAGGAAUUGUACAUAAUGCUUGCAGAGGUUGUUGCCCUUAUAUAUUGCCCUUAGGUUAGCAUCCACUGUCUAAAAAUGUAAAUGUCUGCUUGAUAUUGUAUUGUGUGAGCAUGAGCUAGUCUGCCAAACUGUAGGCUAGUAAACCUAGGCAUUGUAGGGAAAUUGAAAGUCUUGCAUUAGACAUAAUCUGCAGAUGAGAGGAACUAGGAGUCUCUUACGUCCAAGAGCUCUGGAAAUCUGCACUAAAAUUCCUUUGGUAUCAGACACAGACUCCAGCAAGCUGAGCAGAAUACUGACUUUCAAAUUGAAGGUUUAGUUUCCAGUCCUUAUGACUGGCAGUAGAAUAUGGGCCUUCAUUUCAGUAUAAAGAUCAUCUUUCUUUGACCCAGAACCCACCUCUCCUUUCCCUGGAACAAGUUACAUUAGUCUUUUUGGCCUUUUCUGUAAGAGCUUCACAAAGUUAGACUUUCAGACUGCACACAUGAAGCAGCCCACCAGAGAAAUAAUGCUCUAUGCAAAAUGUACAGUGGCAUAAGAAAAAGAAACCACACAAAUGCUACCACCAGAGCCCGCAAAUUCUAGUUAUUCAGUUAAGUUUCCAGAUUUAGAAUUUGCAUUUGCAAAUUGUUAUGACAGCUCAGCUGUAAAGUUGCAGCAUUAUUGCCAAAUCUUCUUUGUUCUUUGCAUAUGUACAUGGUAAAAUUCUUACUGUGAUAGUUUCUGAGAGUAUCUAUUAAAAGGGCAAGAUAGCAAAUGCCAAAAACCAUGAGGCAGUCACUGUGAAGCUCAAAACCCACAAUAGCUGCUUUUCCUCUCACUCCCUUUAGAGGUGAUCUGUUAUCAAUGUAUUUUGCCAAGAGAUUGUGCCAUCCAAAUGUUGUGAAGAGGUUGUGGGAUUCAGUAAAGCAUGUGAAUUGGAGUAGUUUAUGAGAUACACACACAUUUUGCAUAUAUUAUAAUUUUUAAAAUGUCAUUUAAUAUGGAAACUUACCCGGAUGGGCAAUUAUGGCCCUUCAUACAUUUUUUACAAUGCAACUCCCAUAUUCUUUUACCAUAGGCAAUGGCUGAUGGCAGCUAUAGGUGAAAAGCAACUCUUAAAACUAUAUAAAAAUAUUGCAUGCCUGGUUUUGCUGUAGGAGAUUUUCAGUAUAUUUUAUAUGUGUGCAUAAGAUUUCUGUUUUUACAUCUGCAAGAUGGAGGUUAAAGCCAUGAUUGUGAGCAUAAUUGUGUGCAAGUUUUAACUACGCUAAAGUAAUUUAUUUCUUAGAGUUCUUCACUGUAUUCAGGCUUCAGAAUCUUCAUCAUGCGUACA